AUGAAGCUUCGUGUACUGCUCUGUAGCGGUGCUGUAUCACUUGCCCAGCAAGUGUAUAUUCCAGUGGAUGGACCACCGUCGCUUCCGCAAUGCACUCGAAACGGAUCGUAUGCUACGGCCAUUCCGUCGCACUCGUUCCGCGAGUUCAGCUUCACACAGACAGAGACGGUGAAGAUGGCGACUUCAAGACCUGCGCCGACAACUACGACCACAUUUGCACCAAACUACUCUCGAUUGAGCAGCCUGGUACCAAACCUUACGACUACGCAAUGGGGCAAUUGGGACCCAGCUUCCAAUGCUACUCCCACGGAUACUGGAGUGCCUUACGGUAAUGCUUCAUGGACCGCACUGUGGACCGCAAUACCGUGGGUCAAUUUUACACGAGGAAUUUACUCGACAACCGUGGAGCCAACGCCGGUCUCUACAAGCGAGCUCGUUCUUCCUCCGCCGGAGCCGUUCGUUCCUCAAACCUGCUAUACUUUUCCAAAGGAUUUUUUACUGGGCGUAGCUGCGUCCGCGGUCCAAGUUGAAGGAGCGGUCGCCGAUGAGGGAAGGACGCCCGUGCACAUGGAUGCUAUUAGUCUCCUAUCACCAGGAGCGGCCAACGAUUUUGUCGCCAAUGAGAACUACUAUCUCUAUAAGCAAGACAUUGAACGCAUUGCGUCAAUGGGAAUAGGCUAUUACCGCUUCUCUAUCCCGUGGAGUCGAAUCCUGCCUUUCGUCCUUCCGGGCACUCCAGUCAAUCAGCAAAGCCUGGCACAUUAUGACGAUCUGAUCUCCUACGUACUUGAGAAGGGAAUGCUUCCAGCCAUCGUGCUACACCACACCGACACACCGCUCGAAUUCUAUCCCAAUAUCAGCGACAUCGGCAUUGCGCCAGGCACUGGAGGCGUUGGUUACACGGAUUCUGGUUUCCAACGUAGCUACCAAAACGUGUCCUUUGAAGAAGCAUUCGUCAAUUAUGGCAAGAUCGUGAUGACGCACUUUGCGGACCGUGUGCCCAUUUGGUGGACUUUCAACGAGCCUCUACUUGGUUCCAGGAAUGGCCACUCUGUAAACGCCGUCAUCAAAGCACACGCGCGCCUCUAUCACUUCUACCGCGAGGAGAUUCAAGGGACAGGAAGGAUUUCGCUGACACUUAAUGAUAAUUUCGGUGUCCCACGCAACCCAUCCGAUCCUGCGGACGUCAAUGCGGCAAACCACUUCAACGACUUCCAGCUUGCCACGUUUGCAAAUCCCAUCUUUCUCGGCCAAGACUACCCCGACGCGUUCAAGGACACUAUAUCAGACUACGUCCCGCUCACACCUGAAGACCUCGCUUACCUCAAUGGCACAGCAGACUUCUUCUCCAUCCAACCCUACACAGCCACAGUCGUAUCUCCACCGCCGAAUGACACAAUCGCCGCGUGCGCAGCAAACAUGUCGCACCCCUUGCGUCCCUACUGCGUCACGCAGUCGACCACUACGACCACCGGCUGGAACAUCGGCUACAGGUCCUGGUCAUACGUCUACAUCACCCCCACCUACUUUCGCACGUUUCUCAACUACCUAUGGAACACAUUUCGCCACCCCAUUGCCGUCACAGAAUUCGGGUUCCCUAUCUUCGCCGAAGCAGAGAGAGAGCAGGCCGACCAAGAGUUUGAUAGUCCACGGACUUGGUACUACCAGUCAUAUUUGAAUGAAGGGCUAAAAGCGCUGUGGGAAGAUGGCGUCGACUGGAUUGGAGCUUUCGCGUGGAGCUGGGCAGACAACUGGGAAUUUGGGGACUACAAUGCUCAAUUUGGGAUUCAGACUGUAAAUCGGACGACGCAGGAGAGGAGGUACAAGAAGAGUUUUUUUGAGUAUGUAGAUUUUGUGGAGAGUAGGAGACAGACGUGA